UGUCUCCCUCGGCACUCAGCACGCGGACGCCUCCAUGGAGGGCUCGUGCAGCAGUCCUCUGCCCUACUACUCCCAAAGCCACAUUUCAACAUGACUUAAGAGACUGAGCCCGGCUCUUCCAGCCAGAAACAGUUUUUGCUAAACAGCCCUCGCAGCAUCCCAGCGGUACCACUUUCCAACUUUAAAACAACAUCCCCCCCUGCUCCUUUGAAGCCCAUCCCCUUUAGUUUUUUCUUCUUCUUUUUUCAUCCAUUCCAGGGAGAUACGUCAGUCCCGGGAAUUAAGAAAGGUUGCUCGGUAUUUUUUGGUUUACUUCGGGGCUCCGCAUGGAUGUGGCAGCGGCAGGGAGGAUGACUCUGCCGGGUAUCCGACUCCGGAAUCGGCCGACGCAAGUGAUGCCGAACCAGCGGAAGGUGAAAGCCAGACGGAAAAGACGAAAGGAGUUGGUUUUAAUCCAAAUAUGCUUGUUCGGCGGCUUGCUUCUGGUCGUGAAGGGGUUUUCCUACUUAGCGGAAAAUUCAGGUUUCCACGUGUCCAGCCCCGGCAGCGACGGGCAGGAGAGAUGGGCAGGGAGGAGACUACUGCAGGAAAUGGACAACAGCAGCCUAGAGGACAUUGAGAGUGAAGAAUCUAAGAACUGCACGGCUCCAGCUCUGCACGAGUUCCCUACAGACCUGUUCACACACAAGGAGAGAACAGAAGGAGCUGUGGCGCUGCAUGUCCUUUGUACCAUUUACAUGUUCUGUGCCCUGGCCCUCGUCUGUGAUGACUACUUUGUCCCCUCCCUGGAGAAGUUGUGUGAGCGUCUCCAACUCAGUGAGGACGUGGCAGGGGCAACCUUCAUGGCCGCUGGCAGCUCGGCUCCUGAGCUCUUCACAUCCAUCAUAGGGGUGUUCAUCACCAAAGGUGACGUGGGUGUAGGGACCAUCGUGGGAUCAGCUGUCUUCAACAUCCUCUGCAUCAUCGGUGUGUGUGGCUUCUUCGCCGGCCAGGCAGUCAAGCUCUCUCACUGGGCUCUACUCCGAGAUUCAAUUUAUUACACGUUUUCCAUCACGGCCCUCAUUGUGAUCAUCUAUGAUGAGAAGGUGAGCUGGUGGGAGUCUCUUAUCCUGAUUCUCAUGUAUGCGGUCUACAUCCUCAUCAUGAAGUUUAACGGCAGGGCACACCGCUACUUUGACCGUCGAAAGAAGAGCUCUGUGAAUCUGUCCAACGGGCUAACAGGAAGCACUGAUCUGGAGGAUAAUAUCACUUGUGAUGCUACUGCAGUCCUGCUCAAGAAAGCUAACUUCCACUGUAAGCCGUCGGUGCUGAUGGUGGACGAGCUGCUGUCUGCGUACCCCCACCAGCUGUCUUUCUCCGAGGCCGGCAUGAGGAUCAUGAUCACUAGCCACUUCUCCCCCAGAACCCGCCUCACCAUGGCCUCGCGCAUGCUUAUCAAUGAGAGACAGAGACUGAUCAACACCACGGAGACCCGAGUCAACCGCAUCACUAACGGCGACUCUGACUCGGCGGCCAAGGCUCAGGGGAGGCGGGGCUUAGAGAAUGGCAUGGGCGGAGCUGAGCAGGGUCUGAACGGGAGGAGUCGACUUCAGCUGCUGGAGUCUGGGAACGAGACGGAGAACGAAAACGAGGACAACGAAAACAACGAGAACGAUGAGGAAGGAGAGGGCGAAGAUGAAAGCAAUGGCCCCCUGGUGCCUUUCAAAGUGCCAGCUGGAGCGUGUAACAAGCUGAAGUGGAUAGUAAUGUGGCCUCUGUCCCUGCUUCUGUUCCUCACCGUGCCCAACUGUGCCAAGCGGCGCUGGGAGAGGUGGUUUAUGGUCUCCUUCUUCACCGCCACCAUGUGGAUCGCCGGCCUCUCCUACAUCAUGGUCUGGAUGGUGACUGUGAUCGGCUUCACUCUGGGCAUUCCAGAUGUUAUCAUGGGCAUCACCUUCCUAGCAGCAGGCACCAGCGUCCCAGACUGCAUGGCUAGUGUUAUAGUUGCACGGCAAGGUCUGGGAGACAUGGCCAUCUCCAACUCCAUAGGCAGUAAUGUGUUUGACAUCCUGGUGGGCCUGGGCCUGCCCUGGACCCUGCAGACACUCUGCAUCGACUACGGCUCCAACAUCUAUCUUAACAGCAGAGGACUCAUAUUCUCAGUUGGACUCCUGCUAGCCUCCGUAUUCGUCACAGUUCUCGGUGUCCAUUUGAACAAAUGGACUCUGGACAGGCGACUGGGCUUGGCCUGCCUCGCCAUGUACGCCAUCUUUCUAUGCUUCUCCAUCCUCAUCGAGUUCAACGUCUUCAUCUUCGUCAACCUCCCUAUGUGCCGAGACAUCCACUGACCUCCCUCCUCCUCUUCUUCUCCGUCUUCUUCUUCUUCUUCUUCCUCUGGUUGAAGGAACAAAACCCUCUCCCAGCUUCCAGUUUCUCGGCGCCUUGAAACCAAGUCCUACCUUUUUUAUUUUUUCAAAUAGAAAAUAGAGCACUAUAUGAGUUAUCUUUGGUGCAAUACACACAAGAAAGAAGACACCGGAAGUUUUAUUUUGGAGGGCUGGUGGGAACCAGACAGGAGGUGUGAAAAAGAAAGUCCCAGCAGCAGAGAUUGCUGCCAAUCGUCUAAUGAACCGAAAGGUUGGCUAGAGUGAACGUAACUGUAUUUACACCGACAGUUAGGCUACUGUUGGUGAAGAAGCUGCUACUGUAACUGACUGAGAGAAGUCCUGCGCUAAUAGAGAUUUUUAGCUGGAAUGUUUGUUACUCUUUGUACAAGUUUGGAUAUAAGCACACCAUUAAGGUACUUUUAGGUAAAAAAACAACAACUGUCUUUCUGUGUAUAUAUUUGAGGAUUAUAUAAGCACUUAUUAUUAGCUGAUAUAUGGGAUUCUCUUAUGCACAACUGGGUCCGUCUUACCGAGCUGAAUGAUGCGAUGACAGUGACACUAUUAUGUGUUUUACUUUAGUGAUUUGGUCUGCCAGUUAUUCACUCAAAAUGCUUCAAGAUUGUCUCCCAUGCGCGGUAGUAGCCGACACAGCAUGCCGUACCAGCCACAUGUCGACGCUAGCUUUGCACUUUGACAGGCCGAAUCUAGAUUGUUAACACUAUUCACACAGUUUCUUCUUGUUUGUCUCUCUACAGCCAUAUACGAGUACACGUGGGCUUUAUUUAUUUCGCCGUAAUAAAACCCACAUGUGAACGGGAUGUGCCUGGAACUGACAUCCAGCACUGUCACUUUAUUGAUUAGAGAUCUUAUUCUAUCAUUGCAAAGCGUCUACAGCUACUCGAAACAUAUAACUACUGAAUUUAAAGUUCCCUCUAGACGGUAGACCUCUUGUACAUAUUGAAGAAUUAGUUUUUAGUCUCAGAGUUGAGUAUAACAUUAUUACUUCUUAAAGCCAAAAGUAUUUUUAGAAUAGGAGUUAAGAGUCUUAGAUGUGGACUUUGGAGCAUCAGCUCGAGUGCACAGUAAGUGUGUGUGUGUGUGUGUGUGUGUGUGUGUGUGUGUGUGUGUGUGUGUGUGUGUGUGUGUGUGUGUGUGAGUGUGUGCGUGUCACAGUCUCGAGGGGAACCAAGGACACCACUGUUACUGGGAAGACAUAAUCAUGAUUUAUUUAUGAAUUAAUUUAUUCAAAGAUCAUGUCUAAGCACCAGUAUCAGCCCUUUGGAUCAUGUACAGUGUAUUUAAACGGGACGUUCUCCGCUCUUUGACGACGGAGCUGUAAUGUACUGUACCUAAUAUAUAAUAUAUAUAUAUAUAUAUAUAUAUAUAUAUAAUCUAAGUACUGGAAACUGACUUGAUGUUGUUUAUAUUUAAGAAUAGAACUUUAUAAUUUAUACGUUUUGUAUAGUUUGGAAAGAUAUCGCAACAUUUCUAUAACACAGUGUUUUAUUUGACAUUGCACGGCCGAGUCAAGUUGCCGUGGAAAUGUUCUGAGUUUUGGUGAGAUGGCCUAAAAAAAAAAAAUUAAAAAAAAAAAGCAAUCUUGUCCUAACAUGGGUGGAAGAUGUUGCCCCUCCCCUCGCUAGGGUUGGGUAGUGUUCAAAAUAAAUGUCCAUACUAUUACCGUGACCUUGAUAUCGGUUCCUGAACGAUACUUUUUUUCGAUACCAAUUUUAUAAAAACCCAUGUUAACAAGAAAAAGAAAUUACAACAUUACACAUUGCGGCUCAAAUCUUUUUAUUUAUUUAUUUAUCCUACCACGUGAGCCCCGUCUCUGUGGUAACGUAGAGUUUUCCCUGCGUGUCUCUACAAUGUGUAACGUUAGACAGCCAAUCACAAACACUAUCAGAUCUUGGUAGAGGCACGCUGCAUGCUUAUUGGCUCACUGACGCUGAUGAGAUGAGAAUUUUCCGAUACCUCGACCUACUAAGGAGGCAAUUUUGCCCGGUGCCUAAAAAGUUUUUAAAUUCGGUACCCAGCCCUACCCCCUCGCGUGUUGAAUUAGAAUGAUUGCCUUUCAGAUAAGAAGGAAGCGUGUCCUGAUGGCAAACCACCCUUUGAACUUUCACAACAAGUUGUUUCUUAAAUCACAGUGCUUUAACUCUCAUGCCAUCCCUUGUAUUUAAGGCUUCAACACCAACGCUUGUGGCCAUUCUCCUGCUCGUCUUUGAGCCAAAAAAAACCCACAUUUGUCAACAGUAUUGCCACUCUGUUUCAGCAUGUGUUAAAACAAAAUGUGGAAGAAAUUUACUAUUAUUUUACUUUAUUUUUUUGUUGAGAAUUCUCGUUAUUAGAGUUGCUGAUUAAUUGAAAGCAUCCUCUGCCGGCAGCCACAAGAAGGCGAUGUAGAGCUGUGUGACAUCUUCAGAGAUGGCUGUUAUUUUACACACUCAGUAGAAAGUGGUUUGGGUAUUUUUUUCAGGUAGGCUAACUAGAGAUAUUAAAUAAUGGUCGGUUUGCAUGCCUCUUUCAUAAUUCCGAUUAUUUUGUGUGUAAUUUAUAUGCAUUUUCCAAGUUCUAAAAAAAGCACUGUCUUGGUUAUGCUGUACAUAUCAGAGAUGGAUAUGCUAUUAGAAACACAGAUGUUGGAAUGACUUCUGAUGAGCAGUUAUAUUUGAAGAUAUAUACUGUAUUUAGAAUGUAGGCCUACAACAUUUAGUUUUCAGCUAAUUAACAUCGUUUUAUGCUCAUGUCUUUGGAAUUGUUUGUAAAUCCUCAUUUUUGUUGAUGAGGACCACUGGGCGGAGCUCCGAGACACAGAGAGAUUAAGAUGUUGGCCUUGUUCCCAGUGGUCUUCCUGCAAUAAACUGAUUUACAUCAGA